AGAUCUGAAUGCAAAGCGCAUUAUAGAGUCAGCAUCCGCGCCUAGCCUGCCAAUAGUGCCAGGAUCAAUGAAAUCUUCCUUUUGCGAUUGUCUCUGACUCUGAUAAACUUUCAGGCAGCUUAGCAUCACUCAAAAAAAAUGGAGGCUGCCGAAAUGGACACAAUGUCGUGGUCGUGGUCAGAAUACUUCCCUUCUCCCAAUUACUUCAGGUUAUUUCGGAUGGUUCUAGAGGAAUUGCCGGAAUAUUAUCGUACCUUACCAUCUAAUGGAACACUCGAUGAACUCACCAAGUACAGCUACGUAACCUGGAGCGAAAUUCAAUUUGGUGUACUGAUGGCUGUGAUAUGGACUAUUGUCAGAACUCUUCUUACAAUACUGAUAUUCAAGCCUGCAGGGAGGUAUUUAGAGUUGACAAAGUCCAACCAGGCUAAGAUGCCUGAGAGUGCAUGGCGUUUCACAUUCUACCUUACAUCAUGGUCCUGUGUAGCCUACGUCCUACUCUGGAACCAUGCAGACAUUCUCAGAGAUCCGCCCAAGAGUUUUAUUGGGUGGUCCGCUGAUAUGGAGAUUCCUUGGGAUAUCAGGAUGUGUUAUCUGAUUCAGGGUAGUUACUACCUCCAUGGUCUCGUAACGGUUUUGGUCCUUGAUGUAUGGAGAAGUGAUUCCAUGGUGCUAUGCAUGCACCAUGUUCUCACUCUUGUACUCAUCACCCUUUCCUAUGCAUGCAGAUACCACUUUAUUGGUCUAAUGGUAGUGUUCUACCAUGAUUUCAAUGAUAUAUUCUUAGAGUUUUCAAAGUGUCACAUCUACUUGAAGGAUCGAGGAAACAAGAAGUACAUGAUUCAUGAGUAUUUUGCCAAUGCUGGCUUUGCUGUAUUCACUGUAUCAUGGUGUAUAAUGAGGAUGUACCUGUACCCGUUGAAGGUCCUGUACAACGUCCUGCCUAGCACAGCUAAGACCUACUAUAAAGGCCACUUACCUUUCGGUAUCGAGUGUAACUCUAUGAUGUGGCUUCUCAUGUUCUUGGAUAUCUACUGGUUUGUGUACAUUGUGAUCUUCCUGUACAAGAUCUUUACCAAGGAGCUGUCAGAAUUUGAAGACAUCCGUGAAGAAAACGAACAUAUUGAUGCGGACGGCAAUGUGAAGGAAGAGAAAGAGAAGAACGGGACCAAGCAUGCAGCUGGUGAUGCAUUAGCCAACGGUGUUGCCACGGAUACCGCUGCCAUCAAUGGAAACGGUCUGAAGAAGAGGCACCCAGUUCCAAGCUCCUAACUUGCCCUUCAUUGGAGAGAAUUAGUCUUCAAAGACUGUAUAUGAUAUGAUAAUAUAUGACAGGGACAUUUGACCAUGCAUUCUCCUGGUAGCCAUUAAAGUAGCAUUGGCCGAGAGAUAUAUGCACAAACCACUUGUCACUUUCUAAGUGCCGUGGGACAUUCCAUUCUUUAAUCCACCUUUAGUUUUCUUAAAAUAUAAUUCAAAAUGUGAAUGCCCAGCCCUACACAUAACAUAUAAACCCUAAACAUAACCUAAAGCCAACCUAAACCCAAGCACUGAUCCCACAUCUUUGACAAAACAGGUCCCUGUUUCAUAAAACUGUUAUCCAUAGCCACUUACAAUAACUGUUAUAAGCUACUGAAACUGUGGCCUUUGAUUGGCCGAGAGCAAAUUUGUCAUAGAAAUUUAGCAUUUGCUUUUGAUAUCAUGUUUUAUGAAACCGGGUCCUGGAGCAAAUACCAGGGCAAAUGUACCAGUAGUUCUUUGGAAUGUAAACACUAUAUAAUAUUUUAGCUUAUGGAUAUGUUUUAAAGUCUGUGUUGACACGCGAAGGGGUUUACUUCUUUGUCUAUGAUGCGAUAGCUUGAUGUCUUUUUGAACUUGAGGCUUACCUCUCUAAUAACGUAUUUCACAAAAAUGGAGAGAGAGAGAGAGAGGGAUUAAAUUCAUUUUAUAAUUAUUCAUAUGUUCUUCUAUAUUUACAUGUUAUACUUUAUGAGAGACAUUAUCAAAGAAAGUGUUGAUGUGGUCUAUACAUUGUUUUCUGCAAAAUUAUGAAUGCGAUGAACCUUUCUGGAAAAUGUCCUCAUGCAACUGGCCUGGCUUUGGCUACAUACUUUUACCGCUUUAUAAACCUUACCAUAGAUGAAAUCAUUCAAUUUUUGUCUCCAUCUGGAAUGAAUGUCGGACAACUUGCCUAGGAGAUGAAUGUUUGCAACUUGCUGUACGUUUGAUUACAUUUCCAUUCUGCCAUGUCUUCUUUCAUCGAUAUGCAUUAAUUUGUGUCUGUAAUGUAUUUAUAAGAAUAUGCUUUUGUGUAAAAUCUCAUGCACAAAUCUCAUAUAGAGGUAUAAUUUUAUGAAAGUAAGAUACUGGUACUUAAAAAAUACAAAGUGAAAAAUUUCUCAAUAAAACUAGAAUUUACACAGAAGACCAAUUUAACAAGGUACAAUAAAACAACGAGAGGCAAACAGAAGAAGGAUGGGUUUAAUUUUUUGUUGUAAUUACAAAAAAUAAAUUUCCAAAUUUGCCAUUCUCAGUUCAGUGCGAAUUAUAUACUGUAUUUGUCAAUUAUUCUUUUAUUAUGCAUAUUUAAUCAACUUUUGUAAUGAAUUUUGUACUGUGUAGAAUUGUUUAGUUAUGAUAUCCUUGUGUUUACUUGUGGAGUUAUGAAACCCUAUGUUGUUAUCAUUGAAUGUAGAUGAUAUGAGAGCAGUACUAAGGGUUGAGAUGAGUUGCCUUGUUGUAUGGUGUUCAUGAUGGUCAUUUCUUGGAACCGGAUUGACAUUAACAUGUACAAGGGUAUAAUACUAUGGGAUGAUAUAAUGAUUUACCCUCAUUUGGGGAUACAUCAAUCAAUAUGAACUCGUGUGUUAUAAAUUUAUGGUGUAGGUAUUGUAGCGUUGAACCGAACCAUGUGUACAUUUUAGGUGCUAGAUAUAUUUAAUGAUUUUGAAAAUUGAAUGUUAAUCAGUGUAAGUCCUUAUACAGACUUGAAGCAAUUUGUGUUUAAAUUCUAUCUGUUUAUAAUUGCUUUAAAAAAUCUGGAGAAAUGUAUAUUUAUAAAUAAGGGAGUUAUCAUUGUAACAGGCAAGAUGUUCUGCAUCUAGGAACCUCCUUAGAGGCUUGAGGUGAUUAAUUGAUAAGCAUACUCUGUUAAUAGCCUGUGUUUAAAAAAUGUCAUUGUAGGCAUAUUUAUUUGUCUUAGGAGGUAUUGGAGGGAAUGGAAAACAGGAAAUGAAAAAGCAACUUUGCAAAUUGGCCUUAAAUGACUGUUUACAAUUAAUAUCAUCAUUGAUUGUCUUUGUAUGAGGGAAAACUAGGGUAGAACAUGUUGAUAUUGUAUUCAUAAUCAUUGACUGUGAAUGUGAAUCUUUUGUAAAGGAGAUUAUAACAAUGAUGAGGACAUAAUUGUAUGAUAUGUUGCAGAGGCACCAUAAUUGUGUUUCUAGAUGAGGGGGGGGGGCAGUUAGAAGGUCUGUUAAUCACAAUGUUCUAUUGAAUGUAGUCAAUUUAAAAAACGCUAUCAUCUGACUCAUUAAUGUCUGGGUAGGAGGAAGGAAUUCAUGGACCAUUGAACCUGUGGAUCAAUAACUCUUCAGAAAACAGUCAGUAUGAACUAAUGCACUGCCUCCUAUUUUUCUUCAUCCUAUGGAAAAUCAACUCAACAUUGAAUUAUUACAGGUUGUAUUAGCACUUGUGCCUAUUAAAACUGUUUUGUGUAAUUCUUUCCUUCAUAGAUAUCAGAAUUAAAAAUAGGAAAAUUGCGUUAUUGUGCCACUUUAUUAAGAUGAUUGUAUACCUACUUCAAAAAUGAGAAUGCUUUAAGUGUUGACCUUUGACAUGCAAGGAUACAUGUAUAUGUAUAUGGUAUUUGCCAUGAGUGGUCUGUAUGUUCCUCCAAUCUUGUCUGGUCUAUGCACAGUUUUUCUCAUUUACUUUAGCUUACUUGUUGUUUGCUUCGUUCAAGAGCAACCAUUUGAUUCAAAGUAUUUUCAAGUUCAGCACAGAAGAGCUCUGCUUUUAGCUCAUAUUUUAUGCUAUUCUCUUCCUAUGCUUAUACAGGUGACCAUGACAACAAAAUAAAUACAUUUUGAAGGUCAUUUGUAAAAAAAAUUAGCUGUUGCUUUUCUUUUGUACUGUUAUGUGAAUACUAUGAAGAUAAUUGUAUAUAUUUGAUUGUAUGUUCCUAUUUCAUUUAUAUGUAAUUGGGGGUAUUUAAGCAAAUGCAUUUAUACCUUUUGUGUUGAUUUGAAGGAAAAUAUAUUAAAUUUGAAUGUUUUCAUUCAUACCUCUUUCAUCAGAA